GCUCCAACAGCACCAUCUCUGGCAGGUGGUGUGUGCUUUAAAAACCAUACAGCAGGCUAAUGUUUAGGACGUUAGAUGGGUAGUUUUAGGGAAAUAAACACGCUGUAUGUGAUUAUUUUGUCAUUUUUUUGGUUGAUAGUUUCGCGUUGCGUGCCACAACGUUUGCUUUCACCCACCACGGAGUCGCAGUGAAUGAGAUGAACGUCGGGGUUUCCCUCUCUGAGACAGACACUUUGUGCUUUACGGUCAGCGCUGAAUUAGACAACUGCUCCUUCAUCGUGCAGCUUCUGAGAAAAGACGGAAAGGGCUUACAUGUUGGCUGUAUUUCGCCACCAGUGUAAGUCUGAAUGAGAGAAAACCUCCCCAGCCACGGCUGACGAGGUCUCACAUCCUGGAGCUGCCUCACCUCAUCCGCCGGUGUUGCAUACAAUAUGAUAUGUUGAUGACAUUUUUUGGAAGUGGUCGUGCCUUUUGUUGUUGUCAUUUCGGCAUAUGCGAUAUGCGGGUCUGUGGACACAACGAAACGCAAAUGAGCGGACGUUUUUUCUGCUUUGAAAAUGAGGAAGCGUUUUCAUAAAGACCCAGAAAAUGGCAAGAAGGUCUCGUCGUCCGUGGGCCCGGAUUUGAGUAAAAUGAGAAGGAAAGGAACAGCAACAGCAGCAUGAUUUUGUUCCCCCCACAGAAUGACACCAAAGGAGGUAAAACGGUGGAGGUAGACAAGACGCAGCAUCAAUGAAGGCUAUCUGGACGAGUUUUGAGUCGCCCAUAAUGGACAGAAAUACUUUGCAGCUCGAUAGCAGAUCGUUUCUACAACACUGAAAGAUUUUUUUCGGUUUUUGAGGGGGGUGGGGGGUGGGGGUUUCUCUAAGUCACCAGUCAUCCAUUUUUUGCAUUGCAUUUGUUACAUUUUUUCCAUUAGAUAUUUGAUUUUUCUUUUAUAUUUUUGAUCCGGAUCCAGCCCUGACUAUUCAAUGGAAGUAUGUUAUCAGCUGCCGGUUUUGCCUCUUGACAGGCCGGUUCCUAAGCAUGUCCUUAGCCGGAGGGGAGCCAUUAGUUUCAGCUCCAGCUCUUCCCUCUUCGGGGCUCCUGAUCCGAGACAGCUGUCACAGAGACGAGGGGCCAUCUCCUACGACAGCUCCGACCAGACGGCGCUGUACAUCCGUAUGCUAGGAGAUGUGAGAGUGAGAAGUCAGGUUGGAUUUGAACCGGAACGAAGAAGCUCCCACCCGUACCUGUGCAUCGACUUCCGAACUCUUCACACACGGCUGGGCUGUGGGUCCACGUCGGCGAGCUCGGCUCCUGAGAGGAGGGUCCACAGACUGCUCAGUUUCCAGAGGUACCUUCACUCAUCCCGUCUGCUGCGGGGAGUCCCUCAGCAGAUCCCCCUCCACAUCCUGGAUGAAGACUACACUGGACAGGCCAGAUGCAUGCUGGAAAAAGUCGGGAACUGGAAUUUUGACAUUUUCCUCUUCGAUAGGUUGACAAACGGAAACAGCCUGAUCACCCUGACCCUCCACCUGCUGAACCAGUAUGGCCUGGUGGAGCUCUUCCAGCUGGACAUGGUCAGACUCUGGAGGUUUCUGGUCAUGGUCCAGGAGGACUACCACAGCGACAACCCGUAUCAUAACGCUGUACAUGCUGCAGAUGUCACGCAGGCCAUGUACUGCUACUUGCAGGAGCCCAUGCUUGCCAAGUCUCUGACCUCCUGUGACAUCCUGCUGGGGCUCUUAGCAGCCGUCACGCACGACCUGGACCAUCCAGGGGUCAACCAGCCUUUUCUCAUCAAGACUGACCACUAUCUAGCUACACUCUAUAGGAAUACCUCAGUUCUGGAAAACCAUCACUGGAAGUCUGCAGUGGGCCUGCUCAGAGAGACUGGGCUGUUCUCCCAUAUGCCUGCUGAGGACAGCUUGAACAUGGAGAGGGAUUUGGGCUCCUUAAUCCUGGCCACGGACAUCAGCAGACAGAACGAGUACCUGUCCAGGUUUCGUAUGCACCUGGACCAGGAGAACUUGUGCUUGAGCAACGCCAGCCACCGUCACUUCAUCCUGCAGAUGGCUCUGAAGUGUGCAGACAUCUGUAACCCCUGCAGACCCUGGGAGCUGAGUAAACAGUGGAGUGAGAAAGUGACUGAGGAGUUCUUCCAACAAGGAGACAUUGAGAAGAAGCACAAACUUGAAGUCAGCCCAGUUUGUGACAGAGAAGCCAACACAGUUGGAAACAUUCAGAUCGGCUUCAUGACAUAUGUGGCGGAGCCACUGUUUGCAGAGUGGGCCCGUUUCUCCGACACACGUCUGUCCCAGACCAUGCUGGGCCAUAUGGGGCUGAACAAGGCCAGCUGGGGCGGCCUACAACAGGAACAAACCCCUGCGUCCGAUGAGGCGGAGCCCAUCACAGCCGGCACCGACACGGAGGACGCCGCCGCCCGAAGAGACGAAAACACCGCUGCAACCGCAGGAGGAACCAGCUCCAAAGAAAUACCUCAGGGAAGCAGAGAAUCCUGACACUCCUCGUGUGCCCUUUCACCUCGACCUCCUGACCCCUGACCCUGGCCUCAGGGCCUCACCACACACACACUGGGGACUGGGUGGGGCAUGCGAUGGCCUGAAGUCCCCCCCCCAUACCCGCCGCUGCCCCACCUGAUCCUAACACCUUGUUUAUGUUUGUUUGCUUUUGCCUCCCAUCUUGAUAAACCACUGAUUUUAUUUAAGUUAUUUAAUUUUAAAUUCCUCUUUUUGGCAUAGAGCAAUACAUAGAUACCUCAUUUGGCUACUGCUGUAUUUUCUUUUAUUUGCUUUGUUUUAUUUAUUUGUCCACUGUAGUUUUGGCAUUACUGACUGAACACACCACUUCUUGUGUUGGUGAGACUUAAGGGGAAAUCAGUAUGAGACCUGAAGAAGACAUUUUUUUCUGGUAUUUUGAAGUGCCAUUUGAAAACAAAGAUUUGAAGAAUGAUCUGACCUGAACUGACUGAGACAACUGGAGUAUUCACAUGUGAGACCUUCCUAAGACUUUAAAGCCGUGUUGCAUUGAAGAUUCUUCCUCAUGUAAAAAAACAAACAAAAAAAACAAAAAAACUAAAAACAAAAUGGAAAAAAAAAAAUGUGACAAGCCCAGUCCUUUUGCUGCCUCAACGAAGACUGUUUACGCAUCUCCUCGUUUGUCGUUUCUCUCCCUUGAACUGAAGUGAAUCAUGUCGGCUCCACGGUUUGCCUUCGAAGCACAGAUGUGAAGAACCACUCGUUUGAACUGUCAUCCCACUGUUGAAGCCAUGAGCAGAACCUUAUUCAAACACACCAGAUGCCAUAAGUAACUCCGCCUGUGCUACAAUGUGUUCUUGCACUCCCAACUAACGAUGGUGUUGGCCGUGCAGCUGUGUCUCUGUGACGAUGUUUCCGACUCUUCCAGUGCUGGUUGAACUCGGGGUCGCUUCCCUCCCAGACUGGAGGUCACUUACUCACUGCACAUGCAUCUCACCUGGAACUCCACUCCAUGCAUACUCAACUUGCUCAGGGUUUUGCCAGUCUCUUAUCAAGGGGGGGGGGGGGGUGGUGACUGCAGGCGAUGCAAGGUUGUUGUUGUUGUUUUUUUUCUGGCAAGGAUCUACUGAAGGAGACUCUCCUCUCUGCAGAAUGUCUCUCUCAGCCACAUGCAACCUAAAGGACUGCUCGAAUGAUGCCUUAUAACUAUGCACAAACUAUGCUAAGUGACCAAACCAGCUCCUGUUCCCAUCAAGUGCAUGGUGUGCUCGUCUUUGAAUGCACUGUCCAAUCCCUUUGCCUUUUUGUUGUGAGGAACAACUCCAGCUGUCCUUUUGUUUUGUUUUUUUUGGGGGGGGGGGGGUUUGUACGGAAACAAAAUGGCCGAGUGACUUUGAACAUUCCAUCUCUUUGUGUUUGGUUUGUCUACUUUGAUUCUGUACAGUGGCACAAGUUGUGUUUGUGUUUAAACAUUUUUGAGAGAUAACAGGUGCUUUUCUUACUUAAGCUGAUUUGUAUUUUGCUGUAAGUGCUGUAAGACUGUUGAUAAAACUGUUUACAAUUUGUUGCGACAGCCAUUUUUGGGAAGACUUAUGUGUCGAGCCAGAUUUUGUAAAGGCUUUGCUGUAUUGACCUUUUUGAUACAUGCCUGUUGCAGUUACAAUUUGAAUAAUAAAACCUGUUGUUGACAAA